AUGCUUGAAAUGGGGUGCAAAUGCAAGGAUCCGUGCCUAGCAUUUAUAGGAGGAGUCAGGAAGGUCGGGACGGUCGUCUGGGGUUGGGACGGCCAUCUCACUCAAAAUUUUACCCUUGGGACGGCUGUCUGGGAAGUGGGACGGCCGUCUCAGUCAAAUUUUUGCCCUGAGACAGGCGUCUCAAAUGUGGGACGGGCGUCCCAUUUGAAUUUUGCUAUUUGGGACGGCCGUCUCGACCCUUGGGACGACUGUCUCGAGCUUUUUAA